AUGAAGGAAGAUGUAAAAUCAUGGAGCCAGAUGGAGUCGAUUUCACCAUCAAUGGAGCCUUCAAGCUUACCACCACCAGCUGAGCUUAAUUUCUUGCACGACACCCACUUUGCUUUGCAUGGCGAAAUAUGGUUAGUCACGGUCGUUCUUAUUUUUGCUCUCUUCUUUGCGUUCGUCGUUUUUCUUCCUCGCUUUAGAUUGGGUCGAAGAAGCUCGGAGUCACAAGCUUCAGAUUCUGAUGAUAACAUUACACGGAGGAGGAACUGUCCUUUGACGUCUUCCAGGAAGCCGAGGAGAUUCGAUGACGAUGAAGCAGAUCAAGAGCAACAAUACUCGAAUCGAAUCAACCACAAAUUUCCGUUGUAACCAACGUGUUCGCUGUUGACGAGUUUUGAAGAGGAUUGCUAACUUGUGGCUGUGAUGUGAGUUCCUCCUUGCUUUCUUUCUUUGUCCUAUUAAUCAAUUUCUUCUGGUAUUUUCCCCAUGUAAAAUAUACUCUAUCUAAUACUAACAUAUAGUCUCGCUUACUAUAAUUAAGAAAUUUAACACAUUUUUUAAUAUUCUCUGAGGUAAGAAUUUAGAACUUAUUAGUAGAAGAUUAUUAAUAGAUAUGUGAUUCUACUUGGUCAAUCGCA